AUGGAAACCAGUCAACGCUUUAACUCUUCAAAAAAUGAACCUACUGACUCGAUGAUAGCGGCCGCAAAAAACGAUUACGCUUAUAGACUUUACAUGCACACUCAACAACAACUUAUACGCGCAAAAUCAAAACAACAAUCAAAUCAUCAAAAAUCUAGAAAAAAGGAAAAAAAUUCUGUUAAUAUUUUGGCAAAAGUAGUAUGUUGUUCGUCGAAACCGAAGAAAACGGAUGUUGAGAACAUUGACAGCAAUAAUGGUGGGUCAUUAUCAUCUUUAGAUCUUAGUAAUUAA